AAAUGAAAACUUUUCAGAGAAAUUAGGGAAUGUAUUUAAUCCUGGCUGACAUAAAGCAGGAAGUUAAGACUGUUUUAAAAUCAUAAUGUGUGAAAUCAGGUUGUCUCUAAUAAAUAUCUGGUUUCAACUAUAUCUGAAACUGCUGCCCCUGCUGCACAAAUAUCCUAAAUUCAAUUUUCCAUGUUAUGAAUGUUUGUUUUACGCAGGACUGAAAUGGAGAAACUUCACCUGGAAGAGAAGGCAUCACUGGAAGAGAACCAAACCUGCACAAACCCAGGCGGCCAUGAUGAUAAAGCCUCAGUUGGUCCCAGCGAUGGACAGCAGGUUCAGCCCACCCAGAGGCUGCAGAACAAACACCGUUGUGACAAGUGUCUGAAAUAUUUCAGAUGGAAGACGUAUCUGAAAAUUCAUCAACACAUUCACACUGGAGAGAAGCCUUAUAGCUGCAGUCAGUGUGAGAAGAGAUUCAGACAACUGUCAAAUCUGAAGACUCAUCAGCGAAUCCACACUGGAGAGAAGCGCUAUCUCUGUGACCAGUGUGGAAAGGCUUUUAUUCAGAAGGUUAGUUUUAACACUCAUCAGCGAAUCCACACUGGAGAGAAGCCUUAUAGCUGCAGUCAGUGUGAGAAGAGAUUCAGACAACUGUCAAAUCUGAAGACUCAUCAGCGAAUCCACACUGGAGAGAAGCGCUAUCUCUGUGACCAGUGUGGAAAGGCUUUCAUUCGGAAGGGUAAUUUUAACCGCCAUCAGCAAAUCCACACUGGUGAAAAGCCUUAUAGCUGCAGUCAGUGUGAGAAGAGAUUCAGAGAUUCCUCUGGGCUGAAGACUCAUCAGCAACUCCACACUGGAGAAAAGCGCUAUCUCUGUGACCAGUGUGGAAAGGCUUUUAUUGAGAAGAGUCAUUUUAACAGCCAUCAGCGAAUCCACACUGGUGAAAAGCCUUACAGCUGCAAUUGUUGUGAGAAGAGAUUCAAAGAUCUGUCAACGCUGAAGCAUCACCAGAAAAUCCACAAUGGAGAAAAGCCUUAUAGCUGCAGUCAGUGUGAGAAGAGAUUCAGAGAUUCCUCUGGGCUGAAGAGUCAUCAGCGAAUCCACACUGGAGAGAAACGCUAUCUCUGUGAGAAGUGUGGAAAGGCUUUUAUUCAGAAGGUUAGUUUUAACCGCCAUCAGCGAAUCCACACUGGUGAAAAGCCUUAUAGUUGCAGUCAGUGUGAGAAGAGAUUCAGAGCUCUGCCAACGCUGAAGCAUCACCAGAAAAUCCACACUGGAGAGAAGCGCUAUCUCUGUGACCAGUGUGGAAAGGCUUUUAUUCAGAAGGUUAGGCUGCUGUAUCAUAAGCAUAUCCACACUGGUGAAAAGCCUUUCAGAUGUGAUCAGUGUGAGAAGACAUUCAAAAGUUCCUCACAUCUUAAGAGUCAUCAGCGAAUCCACACUGGUGAAAAGCCUUAUAGCUGCAGUCAGUGUGAGAAGACAUUCAGAGAUCCGUCAACGCUGAAGACUCAUCAGCGAAUCCACACUGGAGAGAAGCCUUAUAGCUGCAGUCAGUGUGAGAAGAGAUUCAGACAACUGUCAAAUUUGAAGACUCAUCAGCGAAUCCACACUGGAGAGAAGCGCUAUCUCUGUGACCAGUGUGGAAAGGCUUUCAUUCGGAAGAGUCAUUUUAACAUUCAUCUGCGAAUCCACACUGGUGAAAAGCCUUAUAGCUGCAGUCAGUGUGAGAAGAGAUUCAGAGAUUCCUCAGGGCUGAAGCAUCAUCAGAAAAUCCACACUGGAGAAAAACCUUAUAGCUGCAGUCAGUGUGAGAAGAGAUUCAGACAACUGUCAAAUCUGAAGACUCAUCAGCAAAUCCACACUGGAGAGAAGCGCUAUCUCUGUGACCAGUGUGGAAAGACUUUUAUUCAGAAGGUUAGUUUUAACACUCAUCAGCGAAUCCACACUGGUGAAAAGCCUUAUAGAUGUGACCAGUGUGGAAAGACUUUUAUUCAGAAGGUUAGUUUUAACCGCCAUCAGCGAGUCCACACUGGUGAAAAGCCUUAUAGUUGCAGUCAGUGCGAGAAGAGAUUCAGAUUUGCUUCAGGACUGAAGACUCAUCAGCGAAUCCACACUGGUGAAAAGCCUUUCAGAUGCGAUCAGUGUGGAAAGACUUUUAUUCAGAAGGUUAGUUUUAACCGCCAUCAGCGAGUCCACACUGGUGAAAAGCCUUAUAGCUGCAGUCAGUGCGAGAAGAGAUUCAGAUUUGCUUCAGGACUGAAGACUCAUCAGCGAAUCCACACUGGAGAGAAGCGCUAUCUCUGUGACCAGUGUGGAAAGGCUUUUAUUCGGAAGGGUAGUUUUAACUGCCAUCAGCGAAUCCACACUAGUGAAAAGCCUUAUAGCUGCAGUCAGUGUGAGAAGAGAUUCAGAUUUGCUUCAGGACUGAAGACUCAUCUGCGAAUCCACACUGGUGGAAAGCCUUAUAGCUGCAGUCAGUGUGAGAAGAGAUUCAAAGAUUGCUCAGGGCUGCUGUAUCAUAAGCAUAUCCACACGGGUGAAAAGCCUUUCAGAUGUGAUCCGUGUAAGAAGACAUUCAAACGUUCCUCACAUCUUAAGAGUCAUCAGCGAAUCCACACUGGUGAAAAGCCUUAUAGCUGCAGUCAGUGUGAGAAGAGAUUCAAAGAUUGCUCAGGGCUGCUGUAUCAUAAGCAUAUCCACACUGGUGAAAAGCCUUUCAGAUGUGAUCAGUGUAAGAAGACAUUCAAACGUUCCUCACAUCUUAAGAGUCAUCAGCGAAUCCACACUGGUGAAAAGCCUUAUAGCUGCAGUCAGUGUGAGAAGAGAUUCAGAUUUGCUUCAGGGCUGAAGCAUCAUCAGAAAAUCCACACUGGUGAAAAAGCCUGAUCCACACAAGACAGCAGCAACAUCUGGAAUGUGAGGGAACUUUUUUCUCUCCUCCUCUCUUCUAUCACUAUGGCGACAACAGCCGGUGCUGUCAGUAACAUUUAUAUCAAUAAUAAUAACAAGCAUGCAAA